AUCAAUAGAUGAGUCAGGACUCAAGAGUAUAAAACCUCAGGAGCCCCAGUGCUCCUCACACAGCCAGAAUCUCCUCUUCUCAUUCACCCGUCCUGGUGCUUUGGAGUUCCGUCCCUUCUUAGACGAGCAUGUCUCACCAGACAAAGCAGCCCACUCCCCAACCCCCAGUGGAUUGCGGGAAAACCUCCGGCGGCGGCGGUGGCGGCGGUGGCGGCUCUAGCAGUUGCGGCGGCGGCGGCAGCGGCUCCGGUGGAAGCACCAAGUACGGCGGCGGCGGCGGCGGCGGCGGCUCCGGCUGCGGAGGCUACUCCUCUGGCGGCGGCUCCUUCUCCGGGGGCGGCGGCUCUGGAGGCUGCGGAGGAGGUUCGGGUGGGAAGUACUCCGGUGGAGGCGGCUCCUCGGGCGGCGGCUGCUCCUCCGGCGGCGGCUCCUCUGGCCAGCAGGUCCAGUGCCAGAGCUACGGAGGCGUCUCUGGUGGUGGCUCCUCCGGGGGCGGCUCCGGCUGCGGCGGGGGCUCCUCCGGGGGCGGCGGUGGCUCCAGCUGCGGAGGAGGCUCCUCUGGGGGCGGCGGCGGCUCCGGCUGCGGCGGUGGCUCCUCCGGGGGUGGCUCCGGGGGUGGCAAAGGCGUCCCGGUCUGCCACCAGACCCAGCAGAAGCAGGCGCCUACCUGGCCGUGCAAAUAAGUCCCUCUGGACGCCACGGAGACGAAGGAGCUGGAGGUGUUCUCCGUGGGCGCCGAUGGGCUUUGCGCUCUCAUGAUAUUGCCCUGAGGUUUCUCAAUCCUCCACGUCUUAAUCCACCCAGAAGAAGCCAUUGAGCUCCGGAGCUGCAUCUUGUUCUGCAGUUUUCCCUCCUUGGUUUCUGUACAACUACCUCCCCAGUGCCUCCUCAGUCAAUAAAUUUGCAAUUCAUGAGAA